AUGUUACUUACAGCAACAUGUACACGAAUGGAAGUAAAUGAAAUUUGUAAAAACUUGAUAAUUGAAGAGAAUAAUUUUGCGUUAAUCCGUGGUUCUACAAGUCACCGAUCAGAAAUAAUUUUCAAUGUGAAGGAGAGAAAAGAAAUCCGGGAUCAAUAUAUUACUGAAAUUAUAAGUAUUGUAAAUGCCAAUUUACUUGGACGCAUUAUUAUAUAUUGUGCAACACAUUCAAGUUGUGAAUAUUUAUACAAUAAGUUACAAGAAAGCUUGAACAAUAUAUCAAUAAAUUAUUUCCAUGGUGGUUUAUGUGAUAAUGAAAGAGAAACAGCAAUGAAUAAUUGGAAAACUAAUUAUACGCAAAUAAUGAUUGCAACAUCUGCGUUUGGAAUGGGGAUAAACUCAAGUAAUGUACGAGUGGUAAUUCAUGUGGAAGUACCAAUGAGUAUGACUAGUCUUAUUCAAGAAGCAGGACGUGCAGGACGUGAUGGAAAUACAGCAACUCAUUUUAUUUUUUAUGGUAAAAAGGAUAUUCGUACAAAUUACUCUAUAAUAGCAGAGUACCGAGAAACGUGA